AUGGGUAAAUUAGUGAAGAACCACUGGGCUCGCCUUCUCAUACUCACAGCCUCUAGCUAUCAACUCAUAGCCAGCAUCGAGUGCUGCAUCUGGCCGCAAAUCUUCUGGGACUUUACCACGAAAAACUUCGAUGGAGCUGUCAAACCAGCCCCAAUACUGCAGAUUUUCAACAUUCUUCUCGCCCUCCUAGGCCUGGCUUGGGAAUGGCCGCUCGGAGUGAUGGCCCAUACAACUUGGCAUAGCAGCAUUGAAGCACGAUUGUUGAUAUACCCGAUAAGCUGCCUCGCUUGUGCGUUGAUGUAUCAGGGGACCAAUGCAGCUUUUUUCUACCUGGUUGGAAUGGUGGUCUGGCUAUCGGCUUUCUACAACGAAGAAAUUGUUUGUCCUCAGCCAUGGACGACGGCGACGCAAGGGAACAGAACGCGGCAGCCGACAGGUGCUGUUUAG